GCUAAAUUAGACCAACAAAAAAUAAUAAUAAUAAUAAUAACUCCCAGAAAAAAAAAGAAUUGAGCUAAAAAAAAGAAGUGGAGAUGAACAUACCUUUGCUCGAAUAAUAAUUCCACCUCAAAAUCCCAAAUCCAUCGAAUUUACACAGCAAUCCCACUAAAAAAAAUAUGGCGGCCUCCGCGAUCGCCUCCGCCAUUUCUUCUUCUUCUUCGUCGUUGUCGUCGUCGCCCUUCUCCCGUUCGCAUCUCCUCCCUUCUCGAAGACGACCACUGAAGGUGUUCGCCAUGGCUAGCAAGAAGAAGGUGAACCGCUACGACGAGGGCUGGAAGAAGCAGUGGUACGGGCCGGGGAUCUUCUACGAGGGGAGCGAGGAGGUGGAGAUGGACGUGAUCAAGGAGCUGGAGAAGCGCAAGGUGCUGAGCGGCGUGGAGAAGGCGGGGCUCCUCUCCAAGGCGGAGCAGCUAGGGUUCACGCUCUCCUCGAUCGAGAGGCUAGGGUUCUUCUCCAAGGCCGAGGAGCUGGGGCUCCUCAGCCUCCUCGAGCGCACCGCUGCCGCGUCCCCCUCCGCGCUCGCCUCCGUCGCCCUCCCCCUCCUCGUCGCCGCCGUCGCCGCCGUCGUCCUCAUCCCCGACGACUCCGCCGCUCUCGUCGCCGCCCAGGCCGUCGUCGCCGCCGUGCUCGCCCUCGCCGCCGUCGGGAUCUUCGCCGGCUCCGUCGUCCUCGGCGGGUUACAGGAGUCCGAUUGAAAAUUUAAAAACCCAGCUACCUAAUGUCUUUUAUGUUUUGAAAAUGGGACUGACUCGAGAAAUUAAUUAAUUAAUAUUACGCUGUAUUUUUUUUUUUUUUGUGUUUUUUUGGUAUCAAGAAUGAUCUGAGCACUACUAUUCAAGUA